UAGUAUAAUCAGUUGGGAACAAGCGGUCCAUGUGAGCGCACGUCUAUUUUUAAAACCGCUCACAAUCGUAAAUGAUCGCGAUGCGCGCAUGAAGAUGGAAGUGGAUAGGAUAUUCUAUAUUUUCGGUAGUUUCUCGAGAAAGAAACAGGAUAGGAGGAAAUCGUUGGAGCAGACUUCUGUGAGCGCUGGUAACAGUCCGAUGAAGGUGCCCAGGUCUAGACCCGGGAGUCAGAACUUGCCGAUAGCGCCAAGGACAUCUGCGUAUGCGCUAGAUAAAGUUACUGUUAAAGAGUGGGAGUGUGGAGUGUGUAAGAAGGAGUUAGUGGAGCCGAGGUUGCUGGGCUGUCUACACAGCUUUUGCACGAGAUGCCUGCAGAGUCUACCGCAAGAGGGCGAUUCGGAGAUCUGGAGCGAUGUUGACGGAUCGAGUCAACAGGACUCCAGCUCCCGUUCUGCAUCAGGCAGUGGUUCUGCAGCAUCAGGGUACGAGAGCGAGCGGAACUCGGACUCUGAUGCCAGUCUCAAUAAACAACGCAAGUUCGGGAUUUACACGAGAAAGAUAUCCGGUAAAAACGUAUACGUCCUAGUGUGCCCCACCUGCGGGUGGGAGACCCCCCUCCCCCUGGGGGGAGUAGCAGCUCUGCCCCUGAACUAUGUGCUGCUGAGGAAGAUCGCCAGCAGGGAUGCUGCGGAUGUCCUGUGCGAUCUGUGUAGUUGUGAUAGCAAGGCAGACAGCCGUUGCGACGAGUGCCUCCUCAGCAUAUGCACGUCUUGCAGCGAGUCGCACCGCAAACAGAAAGCCACGUCGAAGCACGAGCUGCUGCCGAUAGAGUCUCCCACGCGCUGCGCACACCACCCCUCACAGUGUCUGAGCGUUUAUUGUGCUACUUGCCAGCUAGUAGUAUGCCGCGAGUGCUGCGUAAUAUCGCACGCGGGUCACGCGCUCGCGAACGCGUCCCGUGCGGCGGCGGAACGCGUCAGAGCGUUACGCGACGCGUGUGAACGCGCCCACCACGUGCCUGAUAAUGUGGAGCGGGCCAAGCGGAUACUGAACGUGCAUGCUUAUGAGUUUGAGAAUCACGCAACGCGCGUUGAAGCAGAAAUACGCGCAUGGAGCGAGGAAUACAAACGCGCAGUAGACGCACACGGACGGGCUCUAGUAGCAGCGGCCGCACGUGCGAGAUCCAAUUGUAGGCAAAGGGUGGAUACAAAUGCACGCUUGUUGGAUGAACGGGCGAACCAUGCGAUGGAUGCUGUGCGGUUUGCGGAAGAACUCCUCUCCGAAGGCAAAGACGAAGAGAUCCUCUCGCUCUCCGGCCCCGUCUCCCGCCGUCUGGAGCGUCUGACAGAACUCCAGCCGCUAUCAGACGCGCCGCGCUGCGAACUUCGCUUCGCUCGCGACGCGCCCGCGAAUAACACGAUUAGUGGCAACGAUGAGUUUAGACUUGUGGGGACAUUGUUGACGCAUGCCGCCGAUCCGGAUAAGUGUGUGUUAAAUACGGAAGGUUUACAAGAUCUCCAAGUAGACUGUCCACAUGAAGCAAUACUAGAGCUGCGCGACACAAAUGAUGAGAGGAUAUGGAGUGGGGGUGAACAGGUAUGCGGGUACUUCAGACGGCGCGAUUCAAGCGCUCGGCCCGUACUAGCGCGAAUACGACCGCGGGAAGACGGUACUUGUGCUGUGUGCUUCUCCGCACCCACACCUGGAGCUUACUUGCUUGCUGUUACGCUUAAUAACACGCCGAUUAAGGGCAGUCCAUUCCCGUGCGCAGCGCGUGUGAUGCGCGCACACACGGGGCAGUUCCACUGCUGCGCGUACUGCUCGUCGGGCGGCCGGCGGGACGCUACCUGUGGCUGUGGCUCUACUAUGGCCGGCGGGUAUAAAGGAUGUGGGCACGGCCACCCGGGCUGGCCGGGCACGCGGCACUGGUCGUGCUGCGGCAGCACGCGCCGCAACUCGCCCUGCGCCCGCGCACAACACAUGUACCAGUUCUCCUUGUAAAUACAAUACUAGCUGUGCCCCGCGGUUUUGGUCUUAGCGUGUUGAUAGCCUUCCUCGAUAAAUGGGCUAUCUAACACCGAAAGAAUUUUUCAAAUCGGACCAGUAGUUCCUGAGAUUAGCGCGUUCAAACAAACUCUUCAGCUAAUAUUAAAGUCUAAAUUAUGUUAUUCUAAUACAGCAGUAUGGAUACUUGGAGAAUCGACCGAGUAUCUGUAACUACGAAUGUACUAAUAUGAGCCAGACCAACUGAAACCGUCUGAUACUACAAAUACGCCAUCAACAUGUCUGGUACAUGUAAAUUUAUAACUUCAUAAAAAAAUACAUAUACAAAUGAAUUGUUGAAUUUAUUAUUCAACUAGCUUUUCGCCCCGACUUCGC